CAGCGCGAACUAUAUGAAAAUAUGUUCAUGAAAUCAACACAGGCAUUUAUAACAUAUCAAAGCAACAAUGAACUUUAGACCAUUUACCAAGUAACAGAGUGAAGAGUGAAGAGUGUUAAGCAAGUCAAUAAAAUAGUCAGACUACAUACACCGUAUAUAGCACAUGAGAGGUUAAAGUAGUUCUGUAAACACCUCGAUAAAUAUCGUGAAAAAAAAAAUUAUAACUUGUAAUUGUAUAAUUUAUCGACCUCUUUAUUAAUUAACAAUGACACGAGCACUUGUAGGUGUAAAGAGAGUUAUCGAUUAUGCAGUUAAGAUUCGUGUCAAAUCAGAUAAAACAGGUGUUAUAACAGAUGGAGUGAAACAUUCAAUGAACCCUUUUGAUGAAAUUGCAAUUGAAGAAGCUGUACGAAUGAAAGAAAAGAAAUUAGUAGAGGAGGUCAUUGCAGUUUCAUGUGGUCCUCCACUAUGUCAAGAUGUGAUAAGGACUGCACUUGCAAUGGGUGCUGAUAAAGGCAUUCAUGUUGAAAUAUCUGGAUCUGAAUAUGAAACUUUACAACCUGUUCAUGUUUCCAAAAUAUUAGCCAAAUUAGCUCAGGAUGAGAAAGCAGAUUUAAUUAUUGUUGGAAAACAAGCUAUAGAUGAUGAUAGUAACCAAACUGCACAAAUGAUUGGAGGUAUUUUGGAUUGGCCAACUGGUACAUUUUGUAGUAAGAUUGAAAGAAAUGAUAGUGAACUAACCGUAACACGUGAAGUUGAUGGAGGUUUAGAGGUUAUUAAAAUGAAAAUGCCAGCAGUUUUAAGUGCUGAUCUUCGGCUUAAUGAGCCACGAUAUGCCACAUUACCAAAUAUUAUGAAAGCAAAAAAAAAGCCAAUUAAAAAACUAACAGCAAAAGAUCUUGGUGUAGAUACUUCAGCAAGGAUUGAAAUUUUGUCAGUCGAAGAACCACCAGUCAGACAAGCUGGAACUAUUGUACCAGAUGUUGAUACAUUAAUUGCAAAAUUAAAGGAAAGUGGACAUGUGUAAUUAUAUAUAUUGUUAUUGAAAAAUUUUUUAAAAAUUAUUUCAUAUUGUUUUAUAUUGAUGUUGUUUAUACAUAUAUAAAUAUAUAAUUACAUUUUUACUAUCUUUAUAUAGAAAAUUUUUUAUACAUUAUGGUAUGUUAUAUAUUACACUUGAAUAAACUUUUUCUGCAGUAAA